GAGAGAGCAUCGACUCCUCUUACAUUUCGCCUUCCCAAAACUCUUAUUUUCUCUUCUCUCGAGGCGUGUUUAAACCACACGCCACUGCUAGAGAGAGAGAGAGCAUUGAUUUUGAGUCUUAGAUUCGUUUUUAUUAUUGGCAUUGAAUGAUGUAAUGAAAUUGGUAUUUGUAUUGGUAGAAAUAGAUAUAAAAGGAAAAAUCUUGGUAGUUGGAAAAGCAAAGCCAAUUGAGAAGCCGACAGUCAUUAUCUCUUACAAUACACGAUUUUCUUUUUGUGGGGGGCGCUUUUUUUACUUCUCUUUUCUUCUGAAAUAUACAGUAUAUCGAUCUUAGAUGAAUAAAUUGAGGAGGAAGAAGAACACCCAUUUCAGAUUCUGAGAAGUUUUUUUUUUUUUUUCUUUUGCGGUUUCUGCUAUUCUUUUGAUGAAAUUGGAAAACAUGAUGAACACUUAGUUGUUCUUCUGAAAUUGGAAGGAUAUGAACAAUACCCAGAUUGGAUUUUCAAAUGAAUGAAGAAGACAAUUAAAGAGAGGAGGACAACCCACAUCAUCCAAUUUGGAAUCAUGAAUGUUGAAGAAGCAAAAGAGAAGGAUGAAAUUGAGAAAGCUGACUUGGAAGAUCAGCAGGGAGUGGUGGAGGGCAGUAGGAGGAAUCCACCAUGGUCGAAGCAGAUCACAGUGCGAGGAAUCGUCGCAAGUUUUGUGAUUGGUGUCAUAUACAGUGUGAUAGUAAUGAAGCUUAACCUCACGACAGGGCUAGUCCCUUCACUGAACGUCUCGGCCGCCCUUCUCGCCUUCGUCUUCCUUCGAACAUGGACGAAGUUACUUCAGAAGGCCGGAAUUGUAUCGACGCCUUUUACUCGGCAGGAGAAUACUGUCAUACAGACAUGCGCUGUGGCAUGUUACAGCAUCGCCGUAGGAGGUGGAUUUGGAUCUUAUCUUUUGGGUUUGAAUAAGAAGACAUAUGAGCAAGCAGGGAUUGAUACAGAGGGUAAUACUCCAGGGAGUUAUAAGGAACCUGCUAUUGGUUGGAUGACUUCUUUCCUUUUUGUUGCUAGUUUUGUUGGGAUUUUGGCUUUGGUUCCUCUACGGAAGAUUAUGAUAAUCGACUACAAGUUAACUUAUCCGAGUGGCACUGCCACUGCUGUUCUCAUCAAUGGUUUCCAUACUCCUCAUGGAGAUAAAAUGGCCCAGAAGCAGGUCCGUGGAUUCGCGAAGUUUUUCACAAUCAGUUUCAUCUGGGCUUUCUUCCAGUGGUUUUAUUCUGGAGGAGAUGGGUGUGGUUUUUCUCAGUUCCCAACAUUUGGAUUAAAAGCUUGGAAGCAAACAUUUUACUUUGAUUUCAGCAUGACAUAUAUUGGAGCAGGAAUGAUCUGUUCCCAUCUGGUGAAUCUUUCUCUGCUUCUUGGAGCAGUGAUCUCAUGGGGGAUAAUGUGGCCCCUGAUUGGAGGGCUCAAAGGAGACUGGUAUUCUGGGAGUUUACCAGAAAGCAGUAUGAAAAGCUUGCAAGGUUACAAGGUCUUUAUCUCCAUUGCUCUCAUACUAGGAGAUGGGCUCUAUAACUUUCUCAAGAUACUGUUUUUCACCAUCAGAAGCAUCCACGCUAGCUUGAAUUACAAGAGCCUCAGGACUGGUUCAGAGCACCAGAAUCAGGCCCUCGAUGAUCUUCAACGAAAUGAAAUGUUCAUGAGAGACAGGAUUCCUGUGUGGAUAGCAUGUUGCGGCUACAUCCUCUUAUCUAUCGUUUCAAUAAUCGCUAUCCCUCGCAUGUUCCCCGAGAUGAGAUGGUACUAUGUCCUCAUAGCCUACAUCUUUGCCCCAGUUCUAGGCUUCUGCAAUGCUUAUGGUGCUGGACUGACAGACAUGAACAUGGCUUUUAACUAUGGAAAGGUAUCCCUCUUCAUACUUGCCGCAUGGGCGGGGAAAGAUUCUGGUGUUGUAGCUGGGCUAGUCGGCUGUGGCCUAAUAAAAUCAAUUGUCUCAAUCUCUGCUGAUCUGAUGCAAGAUUUCAAAUCGGGGCAUCUCACUCUCACUUCACCCCGAUCAAUGCUACUAAGCCAGGCUAUUGGGACGGCUAUGGGUUGCGUGGUAGCCCCUCUCACCUUUUUCCUUUUCUACAAAGCCUUUGAUGUGGGAAACCCCAAUGGAGAAUUCAAAGCUCCCUAUGCUCUUAUCUACCGAAACAUGGCGAUUCUGGGUGUCGAAGGAUUCUCUGCCCUGCCCCGCCAUUGCCUGCAGCUAUGUUACUGUUUUUUUCUCUUUGCAGUUGCGGCGAAUUUGGUGCGAGAUAUCUCGCCUCCAAAGUUCAGGAGGUGGGUUCCUCUACCCAUGGCCAUGGCAGUUCCCUUUCUAGUUGGUGCCUACUUCGCUAUCGAUAUGUGUGUUGGGAGCUUGAUAGUGUUUGCCUGGCACAAGCUCAACAGUGAGAAGGCCAGUUUAAUGGUUCCUGCAGUUGCGUCGGGUUUGAUCUGUGGUGAUGGUUUGUGGAUUCUCCCUUCAUCUCUUCUUGCUCUAGCAAAGAUAAAUCCUCCCAUUUGCAUGAGAUUCUUGUCUACUUAGAACAGGAACAACCCAAUUGCCGGAAUAUCACGGUCCUCAAUCACAGCUAAGAACCAUUUACGCAAGAGGCCGGUCAAAAGGAUGAGACGUUAGUGGUACACGAAUAUUUCAUUUUUAACGGCAGGCCAAAAUCCUAUCAGAUAUGAUCUGAUGAUAAUGACUGAAUAACUGCUCAUGGUAGAAGAAUAAUGCAAUCUUAUGUCACAGGAUUGAAAACGAUAUGUGACAAAUAAAAGCAUUAGGUGGGAGAAAAGACUGCCAACAGCGUUGAAAUAAGUCAGAAGAUGUGGGCGUGCUAAUAAUUCGAUGUCCUCUGUUCUUGGGGAUGGAUCUGACUCACGACUCCAACAGUGAUAGAUUGAAGAAGUGGUAGUGUAUAACUCAAAGAAAUGCUUACCUUAUGAAAAGUUCAAUUAAAUCUGGUGGUUCAGAUCAGGUGAAGUUGGAUAUGGAAUAAUUCAUGCCAUCCCAAACGUGCCACAUCAUCUCCGAUAUCUGGCUCUGGACUGUAAUUGAGCAAAUACAAUAUUGAGACAGGAAUUGGGAAAGCCAAAUUACUAGGUUUGUGGCUUGAAAGUUAGAGCUAAUACGCCUUCCUAUCGUUCUCCAAAAUUGUAAAUGCCCUGAAGCAUGCACUUCUGAUUUCAGUAUGGGAAAUGGAUUUGGAAGCCAUGUACAAGCCGUGGAGAUGAAUUUCUUGGACGCAAUUUCAGUCUGCUGGAGCCAUGGAGAUGUAUCAUUCUAUAUUUAGACAUAUGAUAGAUGGAUAAGAAUUAUUUGCUUU